AAAUUUUGAUCAUGCGAAGAAUAAAGGAACAGAGCAAACUUCAGCAGGAUUAUACAAUAAAAACCUUUGGGGAUAGAAUGUUCGGUGAAGAAAAUCGUAAUUUAUUAUGCCGUGACAUUAGUCUCGAGCGUUGCUAGCACAACAUUGAUUUCCCGGUAGGUAACGUGUUUCUAACUGCUAGAGGGAAUAUUAAUGAUGUACAAAUAAUCAUCGCGUACUUCAUUUAACUUGCCAACAUCGUCCCUACUUUUAAAUACGUAUUACGACAGACUUCAAGCAUGGUUAGUACUUCCGGUAUAUGAUCUACGAUCAUUUGAAAUUUUAUAAUGGCAGCUGUAUAAAUCUACGGACGUACAUUGACACGCGUAGUACACGGCUUGUGAAAUCAUUAAGAAGGGACAUUAUGUUUUUUGCUAAUGCGAUACAACGGAACUAUUUAUAAAAAAAAAACAUUGUCGUCUUAUUACGGAACCUUCUCUAUCAUUUAUUUACACGACACGAACGAGAAACGCGACGUGCCAACGAAUCAUCCUGAAAUGACUCGGUGAGUCAUUUAAUCGAGCGAAAUUCGUGACUUUGUUUUUACUGGCGUAGAAAAGGGGCGAAACCCUAGAACUUACAUUUGCCAUUCACGCUAUAGGCCGGAAACACGAGAUACGAGACUCUGCCCUUUAUUUCACUCCCAUGGACGCGUUACUUCCGUGCGAUACGAGCGAAGACGCGUUCGCCAUGUUUUAUUUUUAACCGGGAAAUUCAUAAGGAGCGAUUUGACACACGUCACGGCGCUAAAUCUCCCGUGUAAUGUCCGUUACGUAGUACUAUAACUUUCAUUGCUCGAUAUUAGGUUUGUGAUACAGAAAAAGAAGAAAAAUUGUCAAAGACCUUAAGAAUGACGUGAGAAACGGCGGCGAAUUCAAAUAGACAUAGGUGUGCAUCUAGAAAUGGGAAUGAGAAGAGGCAGAACGUGUAAAAAUGUAUCGACAAGCUGCGAGAGUCCUUCGAAACGUUCAAAGAAUACAGAGAAUGAGAAUUCCUCGGAAAAUUCAUUGGGAGCCAGUAUCAAUGUCCUUCCCGUUGAAAUCCUCCUCGAGAUAUUCUCCUACCUGUCGUCGCAGGAUCUGUACAGUUUGCAAAGAGUCUCCACAUUUUUCGAGGACAUUGUACGAGACCCGGUGGUAUGGCGAGAUUACGAGGUGACAAACAACAGUAUGAACACGUCAGACGUGCUUCAGGAACUGAAGAGGAUGCCUUUCCUGAAAAGGAUCAGAAUCGAAGCCAGGGCCGACAGCGAUGACAUUCUGCGACAAGUUUCGUUAACGAAUAAGAAUAUCGAGGAGCUUCAUAUUAUAAAUUGUACAGGUUCGACGGCCAAACUCUACCUGCGUUCCUCGCAUCUGAUUCGCAUACUAGAAAGAUGCAAUCGUCUUCACACGAUAAAUAUCCUUGGUACUCGUUUCCGCGGUCUCAAGUUUUAUCGACUCCUGGGAAGCAUGGGCUUGAGAUUGAGAGCAGCAGCGGCGCCGGCUACGUCAACGCAAUUCAAGACCUUCGCAAAGCACGCUCAUCACAUAAGAGCCAAGGAUCGAAAAGUUAUUAGCGAGUGGUGUCGUGGCGUUAGGAAUUGGAUGCCCUUGCAGUAUAGCGUACUAGAACAGGUUGGAGGUCAGGCGUGCACGGCCCUGGUCAGCUAUUUGUACGACGACUUUGUAUCGAUCGACGCGACCUCCUCCUGCAAAGCUUCGACCUAAACGAUUUCCCGUUGCUCGACGUAAAUAUAGAAUAUUUUUUUUUUCUUCGUGACUCAAGAGUCAAAUCAGUUGCGCAACUGAUACAUUUAAGAUAUCGAAUUUAACGAUACAGACUGUUAACCAUCGAUACUGAUCAAUCGUGUAACAGAUUAUCAAACUAAGCUACCGUGGAACGCACGAAAUGACAAUUAAAGAUCUUAAGUCGUGUCGACGAUUAAAGCAAUCGGCGUCGAUUGACUUCAAUGGAACGCCCUGAUUUCUUUACUUUAUUUCUCUCACAGAAAUCACUUCCUGUGGAUAUAUACGAAAAUAACAAAUUCAAGUCACUGUACUCACGAGGCUGGAUUGGAUAAUUAAUUCGAAAUUCCUCGUCGAACAGUCACGAUGACGAUGCCGAUGUAACGCUCGGUCGAUUGUAAGUUGUACGAAGACUGCGCAUCGAUUCUUCACGGCACUUUGUCAACGACGAUUCCUCGGGCACGGAUACUUACAUAUUUAUGAUUCCAGUACAUUAAUGUCUAUGGUAUAUAGAAGCGAUUUCUAUUUUCACGCAUUUCGGGGGAAGCGGCUUAAAAAGACCCUGAGCAAAGCUCUGAUCCAAUUGACACUAGACAGUGAAAUAGUCUUACCACUUGUACUGAUGAUCGUUACAGAAUAUAAUGGAGGUUGGAUGA